AAGAUACUUAUGUAGCAAGACUUGGCACUACGCUCGUUAUUCAGGAGAUCAGCAAUCUACGCCUAACUUGUCUUCAACUUGCAAAUCACUCUCUUCAACAUUCAGACUACAUCACACUCUCCAACUAAUGCCCCCUGUACAACUCAAAACUGGGACUUGCGCACGGUGUCGAUCGAAGAAGACCCGCUGCGACGGAAAUGAGCCGUGCAACAAAUGCUCCGCCGCGAAUUCGACAUGUAACUAUCCCGAUGGUGCGAAGGAGGGUCGUUUUGGGAUGGAGUUAAAGAAGGGUGCUGCAUGUAUCCCUUGUCGAAAGAAGAAAAAGCGCUGCGACGGAAUGCUGCCCUGCCGAACCUGCAUUGCAGGCCGGCAUACCAUUCCCUGCACAUACGCAGACAAUGUUGAGCCUCUUCGCCGUCCAUCUCCCGGAAGACUAGAAACCCCCAACGCCUCGCCACUACUGGAUAUCUCUUCGGGGAGCAGCGCCUCCUCGUCCACUCUAUCCGAUACUUCACCUUCUAGUGUGGAUGAGCAUUUCCGCUGCAUCACUUCUCGUGGAUUUUCCCCCAGUCCCUUCGUCGAUGCCGAAUUGCCUGACUACAUCACCUUCUCUGAUUUGUCUCAGGCGCGAGAACUGUUCGUAGACUUCGCGGAGGAUCGAGACUUGGUCGGUCAAUUCCAGAAUAUGCGCAAGAAUGAUCCUCCAAAACCUGACACUCCGACAUUCGAUCUCAUCUUCGAGUCAGAGGUGCAGGGGCAAGUCUACUCGUUACCCGAGACUCCAAAAGACAAGGAGGAUGAAUUGGUGACGAUCUGUUCUUGAAUCAUCGUUGUCAAUUUGGGCUGAGCGUGCCCCAAUCGGCACUGGAAGCGCUGAAGCAUGGGAAACCGCUCGACGAAGAACACAUGCAUCCUGUCCUCCUCCACGCCUGUCAGCUACUCGGCUAUAUGCUCGCUCGGCACUUACAACACGGGACUUGGGUACCAUUACCCGGCCAGAGCGACCGCGAAGCGGAGCAGAUUCAGCUUUGCCUUGGUGCAAUGAAAGAUGCUUCGACGGUGUCGUAUUUGCAGACACUUGGGCUCAUGUCGAGCUACUUCUUCAACAAGGGCGAUCUCGUUCGAGCACGAGACAUGAUUGAGAACGCGUACAGGCAUUUGCAGGAGACUGGAUGGAUGGAGACACUAUCGGGCCCAGAUUCUGAAAAGGAACCAGAGCCCGCAGAGCCCAGUUGGGGCUUUUCAGCCGGACCGAAGACCAAGGCAGAUCAGGCCGAAGCCGCGAUUGCUCAAAUCGUGUAUCUGGAUCUGGUGCACAUGCUCAUUCUGAAACUUCCUUCGUUGCUUUGCGAGGGUGCUCGGGACCGACUAAGGGACCAAAUGGCAGGUCCCAAUACUUGCAUCGGCGGUCCAUUCUGUCUGACUGUUCUAAAAGGACCGACCACGUUCAAACGCCGAGGUCAAUUUCCUUCGCGCCAAAAGUGCACUGCUUCUCUGGGAUGCGCAGCAGCUGGCUAAAGAAUACCCCGGGAAAAGCUCAC